CUUUCACAUUCAGUUUCUUACACGUCGCGUGUUGUGGCACAAAUUUGCGCGUACCUUUAAAUUCUGAUGCCGUUUACGCACUACUACUGCUGUGUAGUGGUUUGUAUUUAACAUCUUGUGGUCUUCAUGAGUGCCUCGGUUGGAUCACAUGUCAGCUCACACAUUACUGGAAGUUUUGCUCGUGAGUUGAAACGUCACUCCGCCUCCGCUUCUGUGGAAGUCUGUUCGCUUUCACAGUUUCAGAGCAUAAAUCAUCUCUGUUGCAACAUAUAUUCUCUCUUAAAAGUCGUUUUCUUAGUUCUUGCGCCAGUCCUUUAUAGAAUAUCACUAAUUAACUGCCUGUUGUUAGGGUUUAAUGUGGUGAACUUGAGUCUAGGGGCAGGAAAUAAAGCGCGCUCCCCGGAUCGUCGCGCGUAAAAGGGAAGUGAUCAACACAUCUAGUAAACAGGAGACAAUUUUUCAGUGAGCUCACCGAAGCUUCUACGCUGUCAGACCAACUUUCUUUUGGACUUCCAUCACCCACAUCCCCUGAGAUCGCGUCUGGGGCGAACUGAAUUAUGGGACACGGAAAUAUCAAUAAGUGAAAGUUUGCGCACCGGCCAUAUUAGGAGAAACAGACGUCUAUAUGUUGUGAUAUUCAGCACAAGGAAACAUUGUUGACUGUGAGUGACCAUGGCACAGUGGUCCCAGAUGACCCAGCUCUUCCAAUAUCUGUCCCACGAGAUGGUGAACGACCUGUACCCCUCCACUUUUCCCAUCGACGUGCGGCACUAUCUUGCGGAAUGGAUCGAGCAACAGAUGUGGGAUGACUUUGAACCUGGUAAAUCUGAGCUGGAGGCCCGGGCCAAAUACCAGCUGGACCAAAUGAUCAACCUGCUGCAGAUCUUCUCCGAGCAGAACAGUAGUAUAGUGGACAAGAUGAAGCUCAGACAGAUCAGCAAAACUCUGAUGUAUCUCCAGCCACAGCCUCUAGAGUUUGGAGUAUUGGUCAGAGAUAUCCUCAGGAAAGAACGGAUUCUGCUCCUCAAUUAUCCUCAGAUUUCAUGCCCCCAGUAUCAGCAGAAGCCCACAGCUCCGGAGAUCACCAUGGACCAACUGGUGAACAAAGUGGUGGAGAUCCAAGACAUCCGACAGAAGAUUCAUGUGCUACAGGAAGAGCUUAACCUGGACCGCGAAAAAUUUGAAGCAAUUUCGCCACAAGGGUCUGUGGUGCCAAAUGGCCUUGAUCCUUCCAGUGAAGAUCCCAAGAAAAACCUUCGUAUUUGCAUCCAACAGAAAGAAUACAGUCUGCACUCCAUGGCUAUGACCAGAGUCCAGCUGCUACAGGAGUGUGUGCAGCGACUGGAGCAGUACCAGCUGGACCUCAUCUCCAAACUCAAGACCUGGUGCUUCGAGCAGCACAAAGCUGCUAUUGGACACCCCUUUGAUGACAACCUACACCCCCUGCAGACCGGGUUUGAGCAGUUGCUGGAAAUGAAUGCAAAGCUGCGUCAGGAGGUGUUUUUGGUUGGGGAUCUGACAAACAUGGGCCUAACAGAGAAACUCACCUCCCUACUCACUGUCCUAGUUCAGAGUUCUCUGGUUAUUGAAAAGCAGCCUCCGCAGGUAAUCAAAACACAGUCUAAAUUCUCGGCAUCUGUGCGGUACCUGUUUGGGGAUAAGAUCGCUCCGGGAAAACCAGCCAUGUUGAAGGUGCAGAUCAUCAAUGAACAGCAGGCCCGAGGGGUGGGCCAGGGGGGUUUACUCAGUGAUAAUGUUGGCGAGCUGAUGAACCACACAGCUAUCCUGGAGCACAAUACAACCACGAAAUCCACAUCGGCUGCCUUCAGAAAUAUGUCCAUCAAAAAGAUCAAGAGGGCAGAGAGAAAGGGCUCAGAGUGUGUGACAGAAGAGAAGUUUGCUCUGCUAUUUUCUGGAGAAAUCCACGUAACUGGAUGUGACUACCCCUACAGCAUACAUGUGUUUUCAGUGCCAAUAGUGGUUAUUGUUCAUGGCAGUCAAGACAUCAAUGCUAUGGCCACAGUCAUCUGGGACUGUGCUUUUGCAGAACCAGACAGGGUGCCAUUCGUGGUCCCGGAGCGGGUGCCUUGGAGACAGAUGUGUAACACACUGAAUGUGAAGUUCACAUCAGAGGUGAACACUCAACACUCGUUGAACGAUUACAACCUGCUGUUUCUGGCCCAGAGGAUCUUUGACAAACAUGACAUCUGUGACUUCAGCAACAUGUUUGUGUCCUGGCCUCAGUUCAACAAGGAGACACUUCCAGGACGAUCCUUUACUUUCUGGCAGUGGUUUGAGGGAGUGAUGGAGCUGACCAAAAAGCACCUUCUUCCUUACUGGAGUGACAGGUUGAUUUUUGGUUUCAUUGGGAAGCAGCACUUGCAUGUGAUACUUAAAGACCGACCAGGUGGCACGUUCCUACUGCGCUUCAGUGACUCAGAGAUCGGAGCCAUCACUAUUGCCUAUGUGGCUGUCUCUGAAACUGGAGUUGCAAAGGUACAAAAUAUAAUGCCUUUCAGUAAAAAAGACCUGGAGAUCAGUGGCCUCGGAAACCGCAUCAUUGACAUCAACUAUUUAACAUAUCUGUAUCCCAACAUCCCAAAAAAUGUUUUUAAAAAGUACUACAUAGGACCCACAAAGGCUGCUGGCUCAGGUUACAUCCCAGUCCAGUUGGUCACUGUGGCUCAACCUUCAGAGAUAAAUGACUCUUCAAACCAAAACAUGAUGAGACUCGCUCCAACUCUGAACAGCCCUGAGUCCUUUUCUUUGGACUCUAACCCUGCCCAAAAUCCAGUCUCCAUGAUGGCACAGUAUUCUCCAAACUGUUCGGACCCAAUCUGCAUGAAUCCCAGUUCAUUACUUGAUGAACAACAAGUUGCCUUUAACAUGUCUGACAGUGCUAGAAUGGAUUUGGAAGAUUUUGGUGAUUUUCUUUCUGACCUAACAAUAGACAGUGCCACCGCACUGUGAUUUGGUUUCAUGAACAAUCAUUGAACAUGUACAUAGGAAAAGGGCAUGGCGUUACUAGCCCUAAAGUAAGUUGUUUUAGCUAUGGUAGUUACAAAUUGUGCUGCCAUAUAUUUAUACAAUGUUAUUUUUGAGCUAUCUUUACCAGAAACAGCGCAAGUAGAAAACCACCACACCAAAGAAUGUGGAAGCUUUCUCAGUGUGAAGUUCUAUGAAGUAGUCUGGCUAGUGCAUAAACCAAAGGGUCAUUUGUCAUGUUAUGUGGUAUUACAGUAUUGUUUGUCACAUCUUUUUCUGAGGUAUGUAUAGUUAAGCUGUGAAAUACAUAAUUUUAUCAUUUUUGUGGACCUGAGCUUGUAAAAUGAUGCCUAAGUGAAUGUAUGUAUGGUUUCCUACUGGUUUCUUUAAAAUGUGUAUAGCUGCUUUGUUAAUCUGACUUUUCCAUUUUUGUGUGUUCAUUUUACAAUAAAAAUAUAUUGCCUGUAUCUUCCUCUAAUUUGAUGAAUACAAAAAUAGCUUUGUGAAGUUUUUGUUUAUUGAAACGUCCCUUGGCUCACAUUAAAAUGGGCCUUGGGUGGAUGUUGGUACUGUGAUUUUGUUUGUGUGUAAAAAUCAUACUGUACAAUAACAUUAAAUAAGAAAGAGAAGGAA